AUUUGUUUGCAACAACCCUUCCAUCACAUUACCAUUUAGUCUCUCUUUUCUAUCUUGUAAUUAAAAAUGGGUUCUGAAUCUGUUCCUCUGCAAGUUGAAGUCUUGUCCACAAAGUUCAUAACACCAUCUUCACCAACACCAAAACACUUACAAAAUUACAAGUUAUCUUUCUUUGAUCAAAUAGCUGGAGAUGUUCAUUUGCCUCUUGUUCUUUUUUAUCCACCAAACAACAACAAAAACUCCACUACUCUUAAUCAUGAACAGCUUGAAGAAUCCCUUUCUAGAGUGUUAACUCAUGUUUACCCUAUAGCUGGUAGAUUUACAGAUGAUUUUUGCUCCAUUAAUUGCCUUGAUCAAGGUGUUAAACUUGUAAAGGCAAAUGUCAAUAGUAAGCUCGAUGAUUUUCUUGAACAAGCACAUAAGGAUGUUAAUGCUGCAGUACUUUGUUGGCCACAUGAUACUUGGGAUGUUAAUGAAGAUAAUUUGGCUAUUACCCCUCUUGUUAUUAUUCAAGUAACUAAAUUUGAAUGUGGUGGUAUUGCUUUGUCAAUGAGCCAUGCCCACAUUGCAAUGGAUGGAUACUCGAGUCUCUCCUUUUUGUACGAGUGGUCUGAAGUGUGUAGACUUGGAAUUAAAGCACAGGAUAUCGAUUUCUUGAGCUUUAAUUUAGGUGAAGUUUUUCCUACAAGAGAUUUAUCUAAACUUCUACUACCUCGUAUUGCUGGAGAAACACGUGCAGAGAGCAAACUAGUUGCGAAGAGAUUAUAUAUCGAUGAAGCUAACAUAUCAAAACUACGAGAAGAAAUGGGAGCUUUUAGUUUCAAACCUACAAGAGUUGAGAUGAUUACAGCCAUUUUAUGGAGGGGUUUAAUGAGUUCUUCACAAGUGAAGAACGGAAAAUUAAGACGUUCGUUGAUGGGAGUCCCAAUCAACUUACGAAGCAAGAUUUCGUUACCUGAAAUCACAAAGUGUUUUGGUAAUCUUGUAGUUGAGGCACCUGUAAUAUUUGUACCUGAUCAGCAGAACAAGAAUAUGGAGCUACGUAACUUGGUGACAUUAAUAAGGGAAACAGUGCAGAAAACUAUUGAACUUUUGAACAAAGAAUCACCAGAUGAGAUAGUCACUGCAGUUGGUGAAUUAUACAACGAAAGUUUUCUAGAUCAAGAAUGGGGAGGUAGUGAUGAAGUUGACAAUUUUACAACUUCGAGUUUGUGCAGGUUUCCUAUAUUAGGAGCUGAUUUUGGUUGGGGAAAACCUUGUUUGAUGCAUUUUGGAUCAAGGCAUAUGCAAACUUGUUGGUUAUAUGAUGCAGAGUGUGGUAACGGUGUCUGUGUGCAGGUUGAUCUUAAGGAGAGUUACAUGAGCUUCUUUGAAUCCGAUCAAGAUAUCAAGACUUAUUUUAAGUUUUAGGCUUUCUUGAAUGUUUUUCAUUUGGUUGCAAUAUUUUAAUUUUGUGUGUUGUUUGUUGGUGAUAAACUACUUUGUUAGCCUUCAAACAAAAGAAUAAUUUGAAGUUAAUCAAGUUCCUUUUGUAAUUUCA